AGCGGACUGUGAUGAAAUAAUUGAAAUCAGCCAUUUAAAGUUUUGUAUUUUCCGUUGAUAAGUUAGAAAAUUGUGAUAAAAUGUUCAAAUGUGAUAGAAAUUUCGAAAAUUCAUCUGAAAUUUGAAACAUUAAGUAUUUAGUUAAGUCUUUGUCGAAAAAAACUAAUGAUAAUUUAUUGUAAGCAAGUGUCAGUUAAAUAUCAAUGGAUACAAUUUUGAGAUCAGGACAGCGUACUAUAUACACUUCUGGUCGACCGCCGUGGUAUGAUGUACAGGGACAACUAGUUGAGCCCAUAAUUAUUGGUAUCUGUGGAGGAAGUGCUUCAGGAAAAACCACAGUAGCACGAAAGAUAAUCGAAACACUCGAUGUGCCUUGGGUUACAUUGUUAAGCAUGGAUUCAUUUUAUAAGGUUUUAACUCCAGACGAAAGUAAACUUGCUCGAUCCAAUGAGUUUAACUUUGACUCUCCGGAUGCUUUUGAUUUUGAUCUUUUGAUCGAAACACUGGCUGGACUAAAAGAAGGCAAACGUGUUGAUGUUCCUAUUUACAACUUUGUGACUCAUUCGAGAGAAAAAAGAUCCCGUGCCACUUAUGGAGCUAACGUUAUUAUCGUAGAGGGUAUCCUAAUAUUUUAUCAUAAAAAACUUCUUGAUUUGAUGGAUAUGAAAGUGUUUAUUGACACUGAUUCUGAAGUUAGGUUAGCUAGACGACUUAAAAGAGACAUUGCUGAACGUGGCCGUGAUUUGGAAGGAGUAAUGAAACAAUAUAAUACAUUCGUUAAGCCUUCUUUUGAAAAUUUUAUUGCACCAACUGUGAUACAUGCUGAUAUAAUUGUACCUAGAGGAGGUGAAAAUCAAAUUGGCAUCAAUUUGAUUGUACAACAUAUUCAUAAGCGAUUGCAAUCAAGAGGAGCUAAACUGAGACCCAAACUAUUGAAAAGCCAUUUGAAUCAACCAUUGCCAAAAACAUUAAAAGUUUUAUCUAUGACACCUCAAAUAAAAGGAAUGCACACAUGCAUUAGGAACCGUGAAACAUCUCGCGAUGAAUUCAUUUUUUACUCGAAGAGACUGAUGAGAUUAUUGAUUGAAUUUGCCCUCUCUCAAUUACCAUUCAAAGAUGUAACUGUUGAAACACCUCAAGGAGUUAGAUAUUAUGGUAAACGAGCUGAUGGCAAAAAAAUUUGUGGCGUCUCUAUUUUAAGAGCUGGUGAAACUAUGGAACAAGCUUUAAAAGAUGUUGUCAAAGAUGCUAGACUAGGAAAAAUAUGUAUUCAAACAAAUAGUGUCACCAAUGAACCAGAGCUUUAUUACCUUAGAUUACCAAAAGAUAUCAAGGAUUAUCGUAUUAUGGUUAUGGAUGCGACUGUCGCUACUGGUGCAGCAGCAAUGAUGGCGAUAAGAGUUCUUUUAGAUCACGAUGUACCAGAGGAAAACAUUAUGUUAUGUUCAUUGUUGAUGGCUGAAUCUGGUGUACAUUCAAUUGCUUAUGCAUUUCCCAAAGUUGUUAUCAUAACAACGGAAGUAGAUCCUGAAGUCAAUGAAAAUUUUUAUAUUGUACCAGGAAUCGGCAACUUUGGGGACCGAUUUUUCGGAACAGAAUCGCUGAGCUGAAGAUCCCAUCAACUGGAAUUUAGUUAAUCAAUUCUCAUUUACAUUCACUCAUUCUUUGAUUUCUCUUAAG